UACAAAAUGAACCCAGCCGUCACCAACAUCGUGGUCAUGCUUGUCAUGAUGCAAGUGUCCCGUCGUUUGGACUUGGAGAACCCCGACAUUCUCUUCUACGUCCGUGUGGCCUACUUGUCUUGCCAGGCCAUAGCCUUGGGGGUCUACCUUUUCACCAGAGCCAAGAUCAACGCCAAAAACGACUUGACCACCUUGAAGUACGUCGAGCCUGCCAACCCUAUGGCUGGCGAAUCCGAGCCUAGAGCUGUCGUCACCACUGUCAAGGAAUACGACUUGCAGCAGGUCAAUGCCCAACUCAAGGGUGUAGCUCAGGGUUUGGCCAUGAUGGGUUUCAUGCAUCUCUACAUGAAGUACACCAACCCAUUGGUAAUGCAGUCUGUUUCUUCCGUCAAGUCGGCUUUUGAAUCCAACAUCGUCAAGAUCCACUUGUUUGGAACUCCAGCCUCCGGCGACUUGAAGAGACCUUUCAAGGCUGCUCCAGGCUUUUUGUCUGCCUUGACCGGUGGAGCCGGUGAAGUCAAGACUGACAAGGCUUCGGUCGAAAGUGCUGAAAUCAGCGGUGCUGGUGGUAUCAAGGAAGAUUAGAUAGCCUAGCAGGUAUUUGUCAUCUUCGCUUCGAUUGUAUGUACGUUGCGUUAAUAAACCGGUAAUAAUAAAAACUUGAAUCUCU